AUGAAGGCCAAACCCAUCGUACAGCUCCUCCUCUCCAUCAUCGUUCUCCUCUUCGCUGUCGCCGGAGACUCCUUCGCCUUCCCCGAAGAGCUCUCGCCGAUAGCUAAGCUCCGGCUUCCCUCCGGCCAGUCGGUGGCGAACUCUCCCGGCGCAUCGUCGGGUUCCAUUGUCGCCUGCAAUCGCGUCCACUUCCGCGGUUUACCACGGCUUCAAAACCUUAGAAAAUUCGCCCACUCCCGGAAAAUCAGAGUCUCGGUCGAUCAGGGGGAUGGUUUCCUUCAUCCUCUGACCGUCGAGGUCUGCCUCCAUAGGAAUUCGUCGAUUGGGCUUUGCAUGUGCUCUGAUUCUCAGUGGCAGAGGCUCUACAAAGGUUCUUGGAUGCAUUCUAUAUCGCCUUAUGGAGACGUGAUUUUGGACAUUCGAAGGUCGAUUAAUUUCGCGAGUCCCAUUGAGGUUUAUAAUGAUGAAGAGUUCUUGUUUCAUCGUGUGGUCUUUCUGGUCGUGGGAAUGGUUUUGAUGUUGCUGUCGAGGGUUCUCAGUGAGUCGUUAGUGUUCUAUUAUGGUAGUGCCAUGACUAUUGGUAUUAUUCUUGUUAUUCUGAUGAUCCUUUUCCAGGGCAUGAAGUUGCUGCCAACAGGCCGAAAAAGUUCACUAGCGAUAUUUAUGUAUUCAUCAAUUGUUGGCGCAGCCACUGUUAUUCUACAUUAUGUUUCUGGAUUAUUACGCGCAGUCCUUAUAGAGAUUGGCAUUGGUGAAGACAUGCACAAUCCUUUGGGAGUCUUCCUUCUUGUUGGCCUUGCCCUAGCUGGUGCCUGGUGUGGCUACUGGGGUGUUCGUAAACUGGUUCUUACGGAAGAAGGAUUGGUUGAUACUGGUGUUGCUUAUUUUGUUGAAUGGGCAACAAUGAUUUUCUCUGGUGUUAUGAUUCUUCAGUGCUCUCUUGAUGUUCCGCUGGCAGUGGAGACUUUGCUUGUUGCUAUUACUAUUUCAAUCAUGAUAAGGACGAAGGGGAAGCUAAGAUUUUUCCGCAGAUUGUUCAGGAAGAUGAUGAAGAAUAUUAAAAGUAGAUUUGGAGCUCCACACCGUGAAUAUUUUGACAGUCAUGACUCACACCAGAGUCGAGAACCAGGUUCUCACUCUGCAAGAUCACAAUCCAAACAUUCAAAAUUGGCUUCUUUUGCUUCCCCUGCUCAAGGUUUGGCUGGAACUUCACAACAAAUGACACCAAAUGGAGAAACUUAUUACUCUACUUUCCAUAACACACCAGAGAAGAGGAGAUUCACAGAGGAAGAGUGGGACAAGUUCACCAAGGACCAAACAAGUAAAGCUUUGAGGGAGUUGGUCUCCUCCCCUGAUUUUAAUCAAUGGGCCUCGGCCAAUGUCGAAAAACUUACAUUGACUCCACCAGGAUCUAACAACCAUCACAAGCGACGCCGGUUUUUUUUGUUUUAAUUAUGCCGUCCAUUUGAUAAUACAGUUAAAUUCAAAUUGUAAAUUAUGAGUCAAGAUGGAGGUUAGUUAGCAAUUGUGGUGUCCAUUAGCUGAUGCAGUCAAGUUGUGGAGUGUUAAUUAUGACUCCAGGUGGAAGUUAGGUAUUCCCCUUGUGAAUUGUAACAAUUGUUUGACAGCCCUUUUAGAUUGCUCUCUGGUACUGAUGUCUUCAUUUCCUGGUUCACUUACCACACUUAGUAUUUAUGGCUAGUUACCUUCUUGUAAAGACAACCGGUUUAAGUCAUGUGAUUUACAGAAUCGUAGAUGUUCUGUAAUUAUAUUGUUAGGUGUUAA